AUGGGAGGAGGCAUCUUGCUCUCCCUGUUCGUUCCCACUGCUGCCGGCGGCCAGAGCUUCCUGAUCAGAAAGCUUGUGAUGGCCGCAGAGGGUGGCAAGGACUGCCUCGGUGACCUCAUUGACGACCUCCUCCGGCAUCUGUUGUUCCUUCUUCAGCCCGAAGGUGCCCCGAAGACUUGUGUGCUAGACACCAGGUGGCGCGAACUAUGCAGGCGCACCACUAGCCUACACUCCGUCAGUCUCAAGCGUUGGCUGUAG